AUGGCCUCGCCUUACAGUACAGAGGCCAUGACAAGGUCAGACGAGGGAGAUGUAGCUGUAUUAACAUAUUCUCCUUUGGACAUUGGAUCCAUCAUCGCCGCCGUCUCGAGCCCAGAGGCAGGGGCCAUCGCCACAUUCCUCGGCCAGACAAGAAACAACUUUGAUACAAAGGUCGUUACGCAUCUCGAAUACGAGGUGGGCUUACUCGGCAUUGGCCAUCAAGACCAUGGCCACCGUCCUCCAAAGAGCGAGGACGCGCUCACAGACACCUCUCACACGCCUAGCUAUUUACCAUCGACUAGGAGAAUGCCCAGUCGGAACCACUUCUAUCGUGGUAGCCGUCUCGAGUCCUCACCGCGCUGA